AUGCUCAUCCAAUUUUUCUUUGUCAUCUUUUUAAUUCAUUUUGGUACAUCUAUAAGUAAUCAAGAAGAUUUAUCUGUAUCGAAAUAUUUUCAUAUCGGUUGUUUAAAAUUAAAUUCGGAUAAUAAAUUCAUUAUGAAUUAUAUUCAAGAAAAUUCUUUAUCGCCAUAUCAAACAUUUUCAAGUUCAAAUAUGACAAUUGAAUUAUGUUUUCGUCUAUGUCGACAAUGGAUAAUUUUAAUAAAUAAAAAUCAUACAAAAUGUAUUUGUUUAUAUACAAUGACUAAACCAAAUGAAUUCAAUGAAUUUCUUGGUGAAUUUUUAUCAAUAAAUAAUUGUACUUCAAAUAAUUUACAAAUUUAUUCAUUAACAGAAGAUGUUGAUUUAUUACCAUUAACAUCAUUAUCUAAUUAUGAUUGGUCACUUGAUGGUUGUUAUUAUUUACAUGGUAUUCAAACAUAUCGUGUUAAUCUUUUAUUAAAUGAUAUUGAUUAUAACCAAGGAAUUGAUACAUGUCGAAAACAUUGUCAAAUGAUGCUAUCGCAACCAGUUAUACCUAAGGCUGUACGAAAACCACUUAUUCAUUGUUCAUUUCUACCUUACAUAAAAAGUGGAUUUGAAAAUUUCUUAAAUCAAACCGAAAUUAAUACAGAUACAGUUGUUAAAAUUAAUGUACAACGUUAUUGUUCACCAGCAUUUAUAUUUGAUAGAAAUUUAUAUCAAUGUUUAAAAUUCAUUCCACUUAGUAUACAAAAUACCUAUACAAAAAUUAAUGCUAAUGAAAAUUGUUUACCAAUAUUAAUAAAAACAUAUGAACAAUGGAAUUAUUUAAUAUCAAAAUCAUUUAUAUUACGUACACGUACAUUUAUUAAGAUUGAUCAUAAUUCAACAUAUAUAUUUAAUAAUUUAUUUAAAUCGAAAAUUAGUUCAUUAACUUCAAAUGAUCUUUGUAUUGUUAUUAUUCAAACUAAUUUAAAUCGAUCAUUAUCAUAUGAUCUUCUUCCAUGUUCAACAGCACAUUCAUCAGGAUCUGUACUUUGUUCACAAAAACCUCUAGAAACAAUAAUGUCCGAUCAAACAGAAUUUAAAACAAUAAAUAUUGAAGAACAAUCUUCUAUUGUUGGUAAUAUUUCUUGUCCAUCAGAAUUUGUUCUAUUCAAUAAUAUGUGUUAUUAUGUUCAUACAUAUUUUAUUUUUAAUAUUUUAAAUGGUGAACGUGUUUGUUCGGAUAAAUAUUCAAAUAGUACACUUGUUAAAUUUAAAUCUCAUGGAUGGGCUAAUGUAAAUGCAACAAGAUUUCUUGGUCGAUCAUUUGAUGAUAUUCGACUUGAAUUUUUCUAUUAUCAAUUAGAAAAUAAAUUAAUAAAUGAAUCAAAAAAUGAUACGAAUAAAAAACAUUGGUUACGAUUAUUACUUGGAGAUAAAACUGAUCAUAAUGAUUGUAUUUUACGUUAUUUGGAUGUGGGUGUGUGGCUGUGGGUGUGGGUGCGGGUGUGUGGGUGUUGGUGUGACUGUUAUACCUCUCUUUACUCACACCCACACCCAUACCCACACCCACCCACCCACACCCCACACCCGCACCCACCCGCACCCACACACCCACACCCACACCCACACCCACACCCACACCCACCCAUCGAAUUUUACGGAAUUCCUGCCAAUUCCUGCAUAGGUUGAUGUAUUCAUGUUCAACUAAACCUUGCUAUGGAAAUAAAGAUGCAAUUCCGUUUUAGAAUUCCGGAAUUGCAUCGAUAUGGAAUGACCAGGAAUUCCUGCAUAUUCCUGUAUAGAUUCAUGUAUUUAUGUUCAACUGAACAUUGCUAUAGAAAUAAAGAUUCAAUUCCGUUGUAGAACUCUGGAAUUGCAUCGAUAUGGAAUGACCUGGAAUUCCUGCAUUUCCUAUUGAUUCCGGAAUUCCGCUUUGCAUUUAUUCAAGCUCGAUAAAUGAUCAUUUAGCCAUCCAUGAGAUAUUUGUAAUUCCGGAAUAGGCAGGAAUGACCAGGAAUUCCUGCAUUUCCUAGUGAUUCCGGAUAUGCGCAAAUUCCGGAAUUUCACUUUGAUAUCGAAUAGAUCUUUUAAGAUGAUCAUUUCGUUAUUCAGUAUAUCCUUCAAAUUCUGGAAUUACCCGGAAUGACCAGGAAUUGGAUGUUGAGAGUUGGAUUUGAAAGGGACUACGAAUCAGGAAUUCCUGGUUGUGGCAUGUAUUUGAGGGAAAGGGUCGUUUUAGGUUUUCCGGAAUUGAUGGUAAGGGAUUCCGUGUCAGAAGGCGAUGCAGGAAUGUGUAAAUUUUGGGAACAGGAAGUAUUCUCGGUUAAAUCGUUUAUUUGAAGAAGUGAAGUUUGCAUGUUUGUCUUUACUUUUGUAUUUGUCAUUAGCUAAUAAAUGCAAAUAUUUAUAUAUGUUGU